AUGUCUGAAAAGCUAAAGGAUGUCGUGGGUGCUGAAGCGAAAAGCGUUCGAAUGGUCGCCCUGGAGAUAGUCACGUCUGGCGCAUACCUCUAUCCAUUCAAGGGUAUCUUCUUUUUCGCUACACACAAAGACUUAUGGCGUCCUUUUAUCUCUCGCGCCGGGCGAACCCUAACGCUAGGGCUAGGAGUAACGAGUGCGAUGUUCUUCUUCACGUACAUGCCGCAGAUGGCUAUCAUGGCUUUCACCAGCGGCCCCCUAGCCGCUAUUUCCGCAGCGCUUCUGGUUCUCAGCGAAAGUUCUGCCAUCACAAAUGUCCUCUCCCGCUCGUUCCUCGUUGAAGACGCCCUCAUUGAUACAUUCGAUGGCACUCUUGUCGCCCGUGGCCAGGAGCCUCUCGUCGCACAAGGCCGCGAGAUCAAAUCCCGCUCCGGAGGAAGGGACGCGAUUGCUAGACUGGGAAAGAUCUUCACUCGUCCUAUCGCACGGCUACAUCCCAGGGCACUAUUGCGGUCGUUGCUCAUUCUACCCCUAAACCUCAUUCCUGUGGUCGGCACCGCACUAUAUAUUUUUGUGCAGGGCAAAAGAGCAGGCCCCAUAUUCCACGCAAGAUAUUUCCAGCUCAAGGGAUGGAACGCUGCGCAGCGAGAAGAGUGGGUCACGAAUAACCGCUCUGCAUAUACUGGACUUGGAAUGGCGUCCUUCCUCUUGGAGAUGGUGCCAUUUGCCUCAAUAGUGUUCUCAUUUACCAACACCGUCGGGGCAGCACUGUGGGCUGCGGAUUUGGAGAAAGCAACGAAGUAG